AUGAAGGGGGUACCAAGCUCCGCCGAGGCUUCCAAUAGCAUUCCAGGGUCUUCGCUGCCCUCCCAACGAGCUCAUGAGCCCCUCACUCAUAAGCAACCAACUCUGGAUCACCCUAGAAAGCAAUCGGUGCAGUCCAUCAGCAGCGAGCAUGGUGGAAUGGCUGAGAACUUUAGUAAAAUUACCAAAGUGGUCCAAGCUGCCCGUCGCCCCUUACCCACAGAGACUGGAGACGGAACCUACAUCGAACCGGAGAACGGCGGAAGUUUGUGGAGAGAUCUCCGCGCCUUGGGGAUUAAAGAUGCAAAUACGUUGAAGGAUCUGAUCGAAAACAAAGCCGGUGGGCUUGUAAAGGGCAGUGGCCAGGUGGUAGACGACAAGACGAUGCUGAUGGAACGCAUCAUCCAGCUUGUUGCAAAACUGCCCACUGAAUCUAGGAACCGUGUCAAACUUACGAACAUGUUUUUGGGGGAACUAUGGGACUCGCUGCCUCAUCCUCCUCUCUCAUAUGUAGGCGACAAAUAUGCCUAUCGAUCAGCUGACGGAUCCUACAAUAACCCAACCUUGCCCUGGUUAGGCGCUGCGAAUACGGAAUAUGCUCGGACGAUCGAGCCGUUGAAGGUCAGACCGGCCAGCUUGCCAGAUCCCGGCUUGGUCUUUGACAGUCUAUUCGCACGAGACACAUUCAAGCCCCACCCCAAUAAUGUCUCAAGCGUCUUCUUCACUUGGGCGUCAUUAAUUAUUCAUGACAUUUUCCAAACGGGACAUCCAGACGAGAACUUCAACAAGACAUCUUCGUACUUAGAUCUUUCCAUUCUCUAUGGCGAUAACCAAGAAGAGCAGAACAUGAUGCGCACGUUCAAAGAUGGAAAGAUCAAGCCAGAUUCCUUUUCCGAACCACGUCUACAUGCGCUACCUGCGGCCUGCGGCGUCAUCCUAGUGAUGCUAAACAGGUUUCACAACCAUGUAGUCGAGCAGCUAGCUGCUAUCAAUGAGAAUGGUAGAUUUACCAAGCCGCCAGAGCGUAUCCUCGACCCAGUGGAAGCAAGAGCCGCCUGGGCAAAGUACGAUAAUGACCUUUUCCAGACGGGCCGCCUUAUUACCUGCGGUCUGUACAUCAACAUCACCCUGUACGACUAUCUACGCACCAUCGUGAACCUGAACCGCGAUAACACUACCUGGACAUUGGAUCCACGUGCGCACAUGGAACACGAUACAGUUCCCACGGCUUUGGGCAACCAGUGUUCAGUAGAGUUUAAUCUAGCUUAUAGAUGGCACUCAACAAUUAGUCGCAAGGAUGAGGCAUGGACGGAACAGGCAUACCAGGCAAUUGUCGGUAAGCCCGGAAGCGAAGCCACUGUGGAGGACUUGAUGAGUGGCAUGAGAAGGCUCGGUGCGAAUAUGCCGAAAGACCCAUCCAAGCGCGAGUUCGCUGGAUUGAAGCGGCAGUCCAGUGGCAAGUUCAAGGACGAAGAGUUAGUGGACAUCUUGACUAUGGCCAUUGACGAAGUGGCCGGUUCCUUCGGGGCCCGUAAUGUCCCUAAGGUUUUGCGAUCGGUAGAAAUCCUAGGCAUGGAGCAGGCGCGUAGGUGGAAUGUUGGGUCAUUGAACGAGUUCCGGAAGUUCUUUGAUCUGAAGCCCUACCAAAGUUUCGAAGAGAUCAAUUCCGACCCUGAGGUGGCGGACCAGUUGCGACAUCUCUAUGAGCAUCCAGAUAACGUCGAACUGUACCCGGGAAUCGUCGCCGAGGAUGCUAAAAAGCCGAUGAUACCAGGUGUUGGCAUUGCUCCAGGAUACACCGUCUCCCGGGCAGUGUUGUCCGAUGCGGUGGCGUUGGUUCGAGGUGACCGAUUCUACACGAAGGAAUAUAACUCAAGGAACCUCACUAACUGGGGAUACGAGGAGGCAAAUUACGACUUGGAGAUCAAUCAGGGGUGUGUGUUCUAUAAAUUGGCAUUGAGGGCAUUCCCCCAGUAUUUCAAACAGAACUCCAUAUUCGCUCACUAUCCUAUGACAACCCCAUCUGCGAAUCGUGACAUCAUGAAAAUGCUCGGGCGAGAAGAAGACUUCUCGUGGGACCGUCCGUCAUAUACACCUCCCCGUACGACCCUCUUUGACUACGCGAAUGUCCGCCGCAUCCUUGAGGAUUCAUCGAAUUUCCGCGUGAUUUGGGAUGAAGCAACUGGGUACGUCUUUGGCAAGGGUGGCUAUGAUUUCAUGCUGUCAGGCGACUCGCCGUUCCACGCAAAUCAGCGGCGGAUUAUGAAGGAAUCGUUGUAUCGGUCACAAUGGCAUGAGGCUGUCAAAGAGUUCUAUCUAGAGAUCACCGAGCAGCUCUUGUCAGAGAAAUCAUGCAGGGUGGGCAACGUCAACCAGAUUGACAUUAGUCGCGAUGUCGGGAAUCUCGCCCACGUUCACUUUGCCUCUAACAUAUUUUCACUCCCCCUGAAAACCAAGGAACACCCGCACGGAGUUCUCACGGAGCACGAAAUGUUCGACGUUAUGUCUAUCAUCUUUACCGCCAUCUUCUUCGACGUAGAUCCAUCCAAAUCAUUCAGACUGCGCCACAUGGCUCGCAAGGCAGCGGAGACACUUGGGCCACUCGUCGAAGCCAAUGUCAAAGCUGUGAGCUCCGCCAGUUUCCUUUCCACUCUCAUCGAUGGUAUCCGCUCCAAUAAGAAUGCGCUUUCCGGUUACGGAGUUCAUAUGAUAAGAAGGCUGCUCGACCACGGUUUGGAUGCCUCUGAAGUCACCUGGUCCCAAAUCCUGCCCACGGCCGUUGCGAUGGUGCCGAAUCAAGCCCAAGUGUUUACGCAAAUCAUCGACUACUACCUUUCCGAUGAGGGGAAAGAGCAUCUACCCAAUAUCCAGCAACUUGCUAAAGAGGACACGCCGGCCUCUGAUGAAAUGCUCCUGCGUUAUGUCAUGGAGGCAAUUCGCCUGAACGGCAUCUUUGGCUCCUACCGAAAGUCUCAUACCAACCUAACCCUCGACGAUAAGAAUAAAAUGGUCCAGAUCAAGCCUGGAGAUACCGUUUUUGUUAGCUUUGUCGAUGCCAACCGCGACCCUAACGUCUUCCCAAAUCCCAAGAAGGUGGACCUUAACCGUCCCAUGGAAUCAUAUAUCCAUUAUGGCGUCGGUCCACAUACCUGUCUGGGCGGCGAGGCAAGUAAAGUCGCUCUAACGGCCAUGUUGCGUGUGGUUGGCCGGCUGAAAAAUCUCCGCCGUGCUCCGGGACCGCAGGGUGAAUUGAAGAAGAUCCCGCGAGACCAUGGUUUCUACACAUAUAUGCGGGCAGACGAGACGAGUCUCUAUGCGUUGCCUAUGAGGAGCGAUCUGUCCCGGAAAAGCUUACGUGCAAUGUUCCUGGACAUUGGCAUGAUUGAUAUGGUAUGGCCCUUUUACCACAAGAUUGAGUUUACUAUGGCCAAGUCUGCGAUUGAGUAG